AUGGAUCCCCCAUCAGAAGAGCCGGCAACGCCUAAGAAGCACACGCGAAAUGCGUCGUCAGGUCGAGGAGCUCUCCCCAGGCGUCCAACCCGAGGACCUUUAGAGGUCGCCGAUUCCCCAGCCCGGCCCUCAAUCAAAUCCACACCACCCCCAAACCUCCGCCAACAGCAAUCCUCACAACUCUCAACCACCGCCUCCCAACACGCCACGCCGCGCGUACCUUCCCCUGGACCGGGCUCCAACCUAACAGCCUCCUUCGUCACAGCACGCACCUCCCUCUCACCAUCCAGACCCGGAUCCAGAUCCAAAGACACGUCCAACAUGUCUACCACCAGCCCGGCCAUUCAAAAAGACUUCUCCUUCCUCGUUCGCCCGGAGAUCUACCACCCCCUCACCCUCCUCGACGUGCCUCCCCCCUUCCGUGCCGCAUCGUCAGAAAUCGACCCCUCCACAUCCCUCGCAUCUCUUCUCUCAUCGGGCCACUUCCGGAAUGCCGCUAUCAAAGCCGCGCAGCUCCUCACGGCCCCGGGGCUGGAUGUGAAAGACCACGCCGCGAUAUUCUCCUUGGUGUAUACCCGCCUCAGCUGUUUAACUUUAUGCAACCAGACGCCACUCGCAGCACAAGAGGUCAAAGCUCUUGAGGAUCUGAACUCUGGCUACUACCGCGACGACCUGACCGGCGCACAUAUGGUGCCGUGGGAGCUGCGUGUGCUGGCUGUAAGACUGCAGGGCAUGGGCUUCAACGAUGCGAGGAGGGGCGUGAUGGGGUAUUACGACCUAGCCCGCGAAGCGCGCUCUAUGCUAAACAAGCUGAAGCGGAAGCGGAGGAAGGAGGAAAUUGGAGACGACGCGGCAAGAGCGGAGCUAGAGGGUAUUAAGGUUUGGGAGGCCCGGCUGGAGGAGCUGGGCGUCAGGGUUGCGAGCGCAUUGGUCGAGAUGGAGGACUUAGAAGGGGCGGCGCGGUUUUUGGGGACGCUAAAGCCGGAAACAGGAACGAGGUUGGAGAUUCAGAAGGCGCUGUUAUGGUUGUGUAUUGGAGACGUGGAAGCGGCGCGGAAAUGCGUGCUCGGUAAGGGGGAUGGGCACGAACAGAAGGUUAUCCUUGCGCUGGCGCACAUGGCCGACUCGGAUUUUGCGGCCGCGGUCGAGACCUGGCGGGCCCUGAUCGCCAGCGAUGCAGCGGAAGACGAUGGUGGGGAGAAAGCAAUGUGGAUGCAGAACCUGGGUGUCUGCUAUCUGUACCUGGGGCGCAUGGACGAGGCCCGUACCCUCCUCGAAUCCCUCAUAAGCGGCGCUCAAGACCUGCACGCUUUCCAUUUCCAUGCCCUGACCUUCAACCUCUGCACCAUUUACGAGCUGUGUACUGAGCGCAGCCGCGGGUUGAAAAUCGCCCUUGCGGAACGGGUCGCGGGUAUGCAGCAGCAGCAGGGAGAUGGAGGGGGGAGUAACGGUGGGUGGGAGAAGGUGAAUGGAGAUUUCAAGCUCUAA